AUGUCAACAUGGAACUGUAUGUACUGUACUCUCAUCAACGAACCUCACAUUCAUCUGUGCCAAGGCUGUGGGUCACAGAGACCGAUUCCCAAAAAGAAUACGACCAAAUCGGGCGGCAGUUUUGUGCCGAAAAUCAUCAGUGACACAGGUGAAACAAAACUCGGAUAAAAAAUGGCCCUGGGCAGAGUAUAUCGACCCAAUGCGAACUAUUGGGGCUGUAUCCUUUAGGGUCGAAUGAAUGUACGUAACUUUGUAACUUUCCAGUCCGCGAAGUGUCGAACGCCUUCCAAGAUCUGAUCACAGUGCGAGAACGAGCACCAUCCCACAACAUAGUCCGUGUUUAUGACUACCGGUAACUCAACGUUUCUCUCCUUUCGCCAAACCAACUCUACCCGUUUUUUCAGAACUCCCCUUCCAAACGGUCCCUACGUGGACGGUCAGAGCAACGAUCCAAGAGGUAGGAAAGAACAAACCGUGCAUGAAUGUUUUACACUUCCGCCUCCGCAUAUCAGAAGGCCAAGACAGAAACUAUAAAAUCAGUCGGAAAAUGAAUCACGGUGUCACUCUAAAACAAAUACUCCUGUGUCUGUCGGUGCCCAAAGGUUUCCCCCCUCGAGAUCAUUUCAUUGCCAAUUAUGAUUUCAUUUCCGCACUUUUCCCUUUUUACAGCUCUGCCUCCUUCCGCGUCAACGUUCUUUGUGGACACUCCUCAAGCGGUAGGUUCUAAUUGGAUUAAACUUUUAUCAGUCAAUGGACUAGGUGAGAAGAUCAAAAAAGUUUGAGACGAUUAAGAAUCCUUUCUACCGUAGUCUAUGGAAAUAACAAAUGAAAGCUUUCAAAAGUUCAAUCAUUAUUUGUGAAAUGAAUCAGCAUGAGAUUAGUUACUUAUCAAGUUGAAUGUAGCAAUACCAAUCUGGCAGACUGCGAAUUCGCUGGUCACUUUUGCUCCCUUAUCUCCUUUUCACCCCAUUUCUUGCACUUUUCGCUCGGAAAAAUGACCGACGAAAGAAAAGGACGAUAAGUGCUCCGCUUUUGACCAUUCAUUCAUAAAGUGCGCAUAAAUUGUUCUCCCUCUCUCUCUCUCUCUCUCUCUCUUUGUGAGCAAGUCUGGUCCGAUUUCGAAAUCCCUCCGGAAGCCGUCAUUAUUUACACGAGUCGUCCAUAGAAACGCGAGCAUACAAGGUUUUUCCCGUAUUCCGGGCCAGUCGUUAUGUUUUUUGUAUUCACUACAUGUGUAUAGUGUGUAUACAGACAAACUUUACGUUCACUGGGCCAAGAUAAGAAAUGAUUUGAGUCGGUCCAAAUACUUUUCUUCCGUCAACCCUUUACAAAACAUUCGCUUGCAGAACCGUUACGAGAACGUCGCGGACUACCCGGUUCCUGUUGAUUCAUCGGAGAUCCGUCCCGCGUCGAUGUGUUCGCAAAUCACGUCGAAAGUGAAGAAGGAAGCGCAGGAGCGGAGCGACGUCAUCUACAAUAACAUCGUCAAACAUUGCACGUUAGUUGAACUUUCUUCUUUUCAGAAAGGUUUCUUAUCAGUAUAGUUUUUAACUGAAAAUGUUAGCGCUAAGGUUAGCAAAAAAAGGGGCCAAAGCCGGUGGGUUUCUGUUGAAGUUGUACACCUUAUCACUAGGCGCAUGUAAACUGCUUAUCGGUACUACAUACGCUCUUGUACGAGGUACUAUCACUUAACAAUAAACACAUUUUUAAAGGUCCUCCAACGAGCCGUUCAUCGACGAUCAAUUCCUGCACAACAAAACAUCGAUCGGCACUCUUCACUUCACCAAAAAUGGCGUCAAACGCGUCGAAGAGCCCGAUUUCUUGCACUGGCUCCGGCCGUCCCAAAUGUUCACAAAAGACGGACGGGCCUUUCCGUGGACUGUUCUCAACAAUCCGAGACCGUCCGACAUCGAACAGGGCACACUGGUCGGCGACUGUUGGCUCAUGUCGGCGAUGGCGUUGAUCGCAGAACGACCGGAUAUUCUCGAUGAAGUUGUGCCGCGCAAAGAGUACUCGCAUUACGGAGUCUAUCAGAUUAAGUUAGUGGGUCACUGAGGAGGUUCUCGAAACUUGUCAUUGUUCAGAUUGUGCGUAGAAGGCGAGCGCAAAGUGAUAAUAGUCGACGACUUCUUCCCUUGCUACCGUAACACCAACUACAUGGCGAUGGCGAUCGGACGACGCAACCAACUGUGGGUGCCUCUGAUCGAGAAGGCGCUCGCCAAAGCUCUGGGCAGCUAUUCGAAGCUCCACGGAGCCUCGUUGACGCAGGGACUGUCCAUGCUCACCGGCGCCCUGUGCGUCAACUACAACUGUCCGUCCGUCCCAGGCCCUAUCGACGAGAUAAACACUUUCUGGGCACAGUUGAUGAGCUCCAAGUGAGUUUGAGUUUGCAGAAUUGUUCAGCUUUAUCCUUUUAUAGAGAGUGCGGAUUUCUGAUGUGCUGUCACUGCGGAGCGUUCGAAGACGUCGUGGCAGAGACCGAAUUCCGCAACAUGGGUCUUCUGACAAAUCACGCCUACUCGAUCCUCGACGUGAGACACGAGAGUGGUCACCGUCUCUUGCGAGUCCGAAACCCGUGGGGACAAUUCGUAUGGAACGGGAAAUGGUCGGAUCGAUGGCCCGGAUGGCCGCCCGCAAUGAAGCAGAAACUUUUGAGUCAACGGAGAGAUGAGACGGGCGCGUUCUGGAUGGAACUGGACGACUUUGUGGCGCGGUUCGCAUCGGUUACGGUGUGCAAACUCCGUCCGGAGUGGAGUGAGAUGCGACUGACGCAAGUGGUCGGAGGACGGCAAAAUGAGCACGCACAGGCUCUGCAGAUCUUCAUCACCGAGACUUGUGAGGCCAGUUUCAUGGCCUUCCAGACGGGGAAAUCGAAGAACAGUGACGAUUUGGUGAGUAUAAGUAAGCACAACGGAAAGAUUGUGCAACUGAAGUUAGUGGUAGACGCACUGAUCCGAAAUGAGCUCAAAUUUGGAAUUUCUCAAAGGAUUGCGGCUACUUUAGUAUUCACUCGAAACUUGUUUUUGCAUUUAGUUAUCGUGUUCGAGAUGAGGUCUUCCAGCUUGAACGCUUAAGAUUGUUCGGUGUUAGACCUGUUUUCCACCACCUGCACGUAUUUAUCCGAUGUUUCAUUUUCAGAAAGACCUGAUGCUUUGUGUGCACGAAAUCUCAUCGGACGGGCUCGUUGGCCAACUCGUAGCCAUGUCCUCGCGAAUCGCCGACAAUCAUUUCACAAUCGACGAGUUCUUCUUGUCACCCGGCCAGUACAUGGUCAUCUGUCAAAGUCUGAAAACAUACACGACGAAUCGGAGAGGCAAAAUCAACAUUGUCGUCCAUACACAACACCGAAUCUACGCCGAGAUUGUUCCGUUGUCGACGCGAGCGGCAAUGAAUUCGCUGCAGCAGGUUGUGAUCAAAGAGGGAGACGUCGUCGAGAGUACGGACAGCGGAGUGAUCAUUCGGACACUGACUCGCAACUUUCGCGGAAUGAUCAUCAUGGCGGAUAACCGGAUGGAGAACAAGUACCUGCAUGUUGGGUGAGUGAGCAGGAAGGAAGCAGCUCUUGAGUGCUCUUCUGACUUUCUGUUUCUAGAGUUGACUGCACUGAAUCCAUGAACAUCCAAUCCUCGCGAGGGCUUCUGAAAGUAGACGACGUCAUACCUCCGCUCUCGCGACAACUGCUCAUUGUGCUCUCAACCAUCGACGACUCUGCCCAGUACAAAGUGUGCAACAGUCUCCGAGUGAGUCCAUUUCCCUUUUCCCUCCCAUUCUCCCUCUGUUCGCUCGCGUUUCCAGACCCUCGUCCACCGUCACAAGUACCUCCUCCCCCAAAUGUCCUACGAAGCGUCGAUCUCCGCUCCGAAAUCCCAACACUAUCCUGCUGUCGACGCUUCCAAUCCCCUUCAUCUCACCUAUUCCGUCUUCUGA